AUGCGGCGGAGAGGAAAAUUGUGUGACGUCACAUUAAUUUCGGAAGCACGCCGAUUCGCGGCACACAAAAUUGUGCUAGCAGCAACAAUCCCUUUUUUUAAUGGCAUGUUUCUCAGUAACAUGUCUGAAGCAAAUAAAAAUGAAAUAUCCAUCUUAGGCCUCGAUUCUUGCGCCCUAGAGGUUUUUAUUGGUUUUGCCUAUUCCGGUUCUAUUCAAAUAACUCCAUACAAUGUUCAGUCUUUAUUAAUAGGAGCCAGCUUUCUUCAACUCAAUAGCAUUCGGGAAAUUUGCUGCAAGUACAUUGAAGAAAGAUUGUCUCCAUCGACCGUACUAACCGUACGGAGUUUCGCUCAAAGUUUCAUGUGCAUGAACCUUGCAGCGGCUUGUGAAAACUACAUCUUUGAUCAUUUUGAUGCCGUUUCACAAAAUGAAACGUUUCUUUCAAUUGAAGGAGAAGACCUGUUAGCUUUGCUCGAUUCGGAUGAGUUGUGCGUCUCAAGCGAGGAACGCCUUUUCGAGUUGAUCAUUGAUUGGGUUGAGUAUGAGAAUCGUGUUAGCAAACAUGGCGACGUGGGUGAAAAUCGGCCAGGAAUCGUUUCGGACACGGACUACAAUGUGAGUCGAUCCAUUUGUAGUGCGAUGGACCCCACCAAAAACGGACCAGAGUUAACAAUGGAGAAUGCGACUUGGGCAGUUUCUCGAUCUCUAUCCAGUUCUGAUCCGUGUCUCCCAUUCGCUCAGUCUGCAGGUCCGGUUGACUUAGCUAAAACGGCUCAGUCGCGACUGGCCCUUCUACCGGAAUUAUUGAAGCGUGUUCGUCUACCGCUAAUCCCUGCAUCGUAUAUUUCGACUGUGAUUUCAAAACAUCGAUUGAUUCGUGAGAACAUGCGUUGCAGGUAA